AUGGCGAAAGUCGCCUCCGUUGGCAUUCCAGUAAAGCUCCUCCAUGAGGGGCUAGGCCACACCAUUACCGUCGAAACGAAAUCCGGGUCGCUGUACCGCGGGAUUUUGGAGAAUGCAGAGGAUAAUAUGAACAUUUUGGUCCAGGGUGUGACUGUUACUUACAAGGAUGGCAAGGUCCUGAAUCUGGAGCAAGUGCAAAUGGUUAUUUUCCCGGAUAUGUUGCGGCAUGCCCCAAUGUUCAAGUUGCAAGACAGAAGCAAGGGGCGGAGGCCUCUGGGUCUUGUUGGGGUGCGCAGGGCGAUGAACAUGAGGAAUGCGAGAGGACGUGGUCCUAGAGGCAGGGGAAGGGGUGGUCUUUAA